CACACCCUUCUUUCACCUCAGGUCCUUGAGUCUCCACUCCUCUGAGCCCCACCUGCACCGCAGUGCCUGCCAUGGGGACCCCCACCGGGAGGAAGUCUCACCUGCUGCUGGUGGUCACAGUGGCACUGGUCGCCUUGCCAGCUCAGAGCUUAGCCCGGGGAGCCCCGGCCACCUUUGGGCCUGUCUUUGAAGACCAGCCUCUCAGCCUGCUAUUCCCAGAGGAGUCCACAGAGGAGAAGGUGACUCUGGUGUGCCGUGCGCGGGCCAGCCCUCCGGCCACCUAUAGGUGGAAGAUGAAUGGCACCGAGAUGAACCUGGAGCCGGGUUCUCGCCACCAGCUGGUCGGGGGUAACCUGGUCAUCUUGAACCCCACCAAGGCUCAGGACGCCGGCGUCUACCAGUGCCUGGCCUCAAACCCAGUGGGCACUGUCAUCAGCAGGGAAGCUGUCCUCCACUUUGGCUUUCUGCAGGAAUUCUCCAAGGAGGAACGAGACCCAGUGAAAACCCACGAAGGUUGGGGGGUGAUGUUGCCCUGUAACCCACCCGCCCACUACCCAGGCUUGUCCUACCGCUGGCUCCUUAAUGAGUUCCCCAACUUCAUCCCGACCGACGGCCGCCACUUCGUGUCCCAGACCACGGGCAACCUGUACAUCGCCCGCACCAAUGCCUCGGACCUGGGCAACUACUCCUGCCUGGCCACCAGCCACAUGGACUUCUCCACCAAGAGCGUCUUCAGCAAGUUCGCGCAGCUCAACCUGGCUGCUGAGGACACCAGGCUCUUCGCGCCCAACAUCAAGGCCCGGCUUCCAGCAGAGACCUACGCACUGGUGGGGCAGCAGGUCACCCUGGAGUGCUUCGCCUUCGGGAACCCUGUCCCGAGAAUCAAGUGGCGCAAAGUGGACGGCUCCUUGUCCCCCCAGUGGGCCAUAGCCGAGCCCACCCUGCAGAUCCCCAGCGUCAGCUUCGAGGACGAGGGCACCUACGAGUGUGAAGCCGAGAACUCCAAGGGCCGGGACACAGUCCAGGGACGCAUCAUCGUGCAGGCUCAGCCUGAGUGGCUCAAGGUGAUCUCAGACACAGAGGCCGACAUCGGUUCCAAUCUGCGCUGGGGCUGUGCGGCGGCCGGCAAGCCCCGGCCCACAGUGCGCUGGCUGCGAAACGGGGAGCCCCUGGCCUCCCAGACACGGGUGGAGGUGCUGGCUGGGGACCUACGCUUCUCCAAACUGAGCCUGGAGGACUCGGGCAUGUACCAAUGCGUGGCGGAGAACAAGCACGGCACCAUCUAUGCCAGCGCCGAGCUGGCCGUGCAAGCACUGGCCCCUGACUUCAGGCUGAGUCCCGUAAGGCGUCUGAUCCCUGCAGCCCGUGGAGGCGAGAUCGCCAUCCCCUGCCAGCCCCGGGCAGCGCCGAAGGCUGUGGUGCUCUGGAGCAAAGGCACUGAGAUUCUGGUCAACAGCAGCAGAGUGACUGUGACUCCAGAGGGCACCUUGAUUAUAAGAAACAUCAGUCGGUCAGAUGAAGGCAAAUACACCUGCUUUGCAGAGAAUUUCAUGGGCAAGGCCAACAGCACGGGCAUCCUGUCCGUGCGAGAUGCAACCAAGAUCACGCUGGCCCCCUCGAGUGCCGACAUCAAUCUGGGGGACAACCUGACCCUGCAGUGCCAUGCCUCCCACGACCCCACCAUGGACCUCACCUUCAUCUGGACCCUGGACGACUUUCCCAUAGACUUCGAUAAGCCGGGAAGCCACUACCGGAGGGCCAGCAUGAAGGAGACUGUGGGGGACCUGACCAUCCUGAAUGCCCAGCUGCGCCAUGGGGGCAAGUAUGCGUGCAUGGCCCAGACGGUGGUGGACAGCGCGACCAAGGAGGCCACAGUCCUGGUUCGAGGUCCCCCGGGCCCUCCUGGAGGCGUGGUGGUAAGGGACAUCGGAGACACCACUGUCCAGCUCAGCUGGAGCCGUGGCUUCGACAACCACAGCCCCAUUGCCAAGUACACCCUGCAAGCUCGCACUCUACCCGCAGGGAAGUGGAAGCAGGUUCGCACCAAUCCCGCCAACAUCGAGGGCAACACCGAGACUGCCCAGGUGCUGGGCCUCACGCCCUGGAUGGACUACGAGUUCCGGGUCUCGGCCAGCAACAUCCUGGGCACUGGGGAGCCCAGUGGGCCCUCCAGCAGAAUCCGAACCAAGGAAGCAGCGCCCUCAGUGGCCCCCUCGGGACUGAGCGGAGGUGGUGGCGCUCCCGGAGAGCUCAUCGUCAACUGGACGCCUGUGUCACGGGAGUACCAGAACGGAGACGGCUUUGGCUACCUGCUGUCCUUCCGCAGGCAGGGCAGCGCCAGCUGGCAGAGUGCGCGGGUGCCCGGUGCCGACACCCACUACUUCGUCUACAGCAACGACAGCAUUCGGCCCUACACGCCCUUUGAGGUCAAGAUCCGCAGCUACAACCACCGAGGAGAUGGGCCCGAGAGCCUCACGGCGCUGGUGUACUCAGCUGAGGAAGAACCCAGGGUGGCCCCUGCUAAGGUCUGGGCCAGGGGGGUCUCAUCCUCGGAGAUGAACGUGAGCUGGGCGCCCGUGCAGCAGGACGCGAAUGGCAUCCUCCUGGGCUAUGAGAUCCGCUACUGGAAAGCUGGGGACAAGGAAGCAGCCGCUGACAGGGUGAGGACAGCUGGGAUGGACACCAGUGCCCGAGUCAGUGGCCUGCACCCCAACACCAAGUACCAUGUGACCGUGCGGGCCUAUAAUCGGGCGGGCACUGGGCCUGCCAGUCCCUCCAGCAACGCCACCACCAUGAAGCCCCCUCCGCGGCGACCACCUGGCAACAUCUCCUGGACCUUCUCGAGCUCCAGUCUUAGUAUUAAGUGGGACCCUGUGGUCCCACUCCGAAAUGAGUCUGCAGUCACUGGCUAUAAGAUGCUGUACCAGAAUGACCUGCACCCAGCGCCCACACUGCACCUCACCAGCAAGAACUGGAUAGAGAUCGCAGUUCCUGAGGACAUCGGCCAUGCCCUGGUGCAGAUUCGGACCACAGGGCCUGGAGGGGAUGGGAUCCCAGCGGAAGUCCACAUCGUGAGGAAUGGAGGCACAAGCAUGAUGGUGGAGAACUCGGCGGUCUGCCCGGUCCUGCACCCUGGCACCAUCCUCUCCCACUCGGUGGCCAUGCUGCUCCUCAUAGGCUACCUGGAGCUCUGAUCUCAGCGCCCUCCCUCUCCGUCACAGCCAACACCCACCUCCGAUGGACGCAGCAGCCGGCCAAUCCCUUCCUGACGCCAAGGAGCCCAGCACUGUGCCUGAGAAUGGCUGGUUUUUAAUCCCCACUGUAGACGGUGCCCUUCCAUGGAAGGCGGGUAUUUCAUACAGGAUAGAGCCCAAAAGGGCUGUUUUUCUUUAAAUCGAGAGACACCAAGCAGAAACUUUCUGCUGACACUGACCCCCAGGCCUGGGUCCUCACUGCGCCCAGAUGGAAGGACCAGGCCUGUGGGAGGAAGGGGUUCUGAACAUGUGUCUGCACGUCGGCAGAGAUGGCACAUGGGACCACUCGUGGACUCUGCUCCCUGAGAGCUGACAUCUCUGCCCAGCAGGAAUGCUGGACGUGACCAGCUGAACGGGGACCCCACAGUCUGAGGAGAUGGUCAAAGCCUGGGACCGAGCAUUCUCCUGCUUUCUCUGACAUUGUCCUGAUGACUCCCUAGCAAGCCCUGCCUCCUGCCAUCUGGGAACCAGGGCCUGACAUCUGAGGCAGCAGCCUGAGCCCCUCAGCAUCAGGGCAUGUUACCCCAGACUGCUGGGGACAGAACAGGAAGGAGCUGCUCUCAGGUGCCAGAUGUGGCCUGACGCACAGUGAGAAUGCAGGUGAUGUGCCCUCUUAACCAACACUGCCAACCUGACCCAUCGCCCUCAGAGUGAGAGCCAUGACAGGUGACUGGGUGACUAAAGGGCUUGUCUUGGGGAGGCCCCCACUCCACCAAGACCAUCCUGCAGAGCCCUCCUGGCUUGUGCCCUCUCCUCCAGCUCAGCCUGCAGGCCCAGGCCCCACUGGGCUGGCACUGACUCACGCAGGCCUGGCGGCAUUAAUUCUCUGUGUGAGGGUCUUCUGAGAAGGGCAAAGGGGAAGUGGGGUACCACCCCAGGAUCACUCUGCAACACCCUGCGCGGCCCACUCCCCAGGCCGCCUCGGACUGCUCUUGCCUUUCCCCGGAAGAAAAAGGGGUUAAUAAAUGGGACAGCCUAUCUGGUGCUCUGGGUGUAUGACCAGUCACAGCACGACAGACCUGGAAGAGGUUCUGGAGCUUGGCCUGUCCAAGGCCUUCACCUGACAGAUGAGGAGCAGAGGGAGGGGUCAGGGCUGCAGCCUGUUAGUGGGAUGAGACCACGAGUCUCCUGCCUUCCUGGCCCAGGCUCUGUCUUUCCAGAGGAAGGGGCGGUGCUGAGUGGCCUACCUGGCUAGGAAGGUGGUUAAAGACAGUGGGGUAUGAAAAGUCUGAGGUUCAGGUGGGUGAUCAUGGGGUGGCGGGCAUGGCUGGGCCCCAGCCCAAGACCCGGGUGGAUGCCGGAGACAUCUUGUCCUUUCCUUCUGCCAUGGCCUCGGCGGGCCUUGCUGGCUUGACUCUCCUGCUCCUCAUCCUCACUCUGAGAGGCCGAAGCAAGGACAGAGCGUCCCCAACUCCAGGCAGCAGUGGACGCACAGGCAGGAGCCCCCCCGGAGCCUCACAGGCGGCCUCACGUUGGCAGCAGCAACGCAGGCACCUUCAGGGGACAGGCCUGAGGCCCCGAGCCUGGUUUCUGUAGUUUACAGUUAGAUCUCUAUUUUGUUAUGUUUUUUAGACUUUGAAGUCCUGCUGUUUUCCUGGGCAGGUUUACGUUGAUGUUUACUCACCAGAAUUUUUUUAAAUGUUAUAUUCACACCCCUUUCCUCCAAGCUACUGUUGUACCCCUCACCCCAUCAGGACUGCUUCUCUGGAGCCCACCGAUCAAACCUCCUCACCUACCCUGUCCAGCCCCACCAUGCAAGGGUUGGGGACCCCAAACUCGGCCUCACACCCACACUCACCCCCAUAGAGGUGGCUAUGGUUUGACCUGUGCCCAGCUCGGUCCAAAAAGGGGUGUUGAGCCCCAGAAGCCUCCCGCUGAGGCCCAUCCUAUUCUUUUCUCACUGCCUUAAGCUGCCUCUAAGAGGGGACAGGGCCAGAGAUGCUGGCCCAAGCAGGAUGAGCCAGUUUGGCACUGGGCCUCUGAGUACAGCUGGAGGCCACAGCCCCAAGUUUGCUUGAGGCAAAAGGUACAACUAGGAAUCUUAGGCCUAGUGAGGCCCAUUAGAAGUGGGGAGUAAGGCAGGCCUGCCGAGAAACCCAGGGUUUUUAACCAGGAAAACCUAAGCACCAGGCAGGGGAACUUGUUUGGAGAUGUAGAACUACAGAAAAUGCUGUUUCUGCAGCCUGAGGCUUUCAGGCCCAGGCCUGACUGAGGCUUAGUGAGACGGUCGGAGACGCAAGGACGCCCCAUAAGGGCAUGCAGGUCUGUGAAAUGCAAUCUCCUUAUGGGGCGGCUUGGGCAGGGGCGUUGGUGGAGGCAGAGGAUGAGAUCAGAUGACUUUCUAGCCCUUUCCUGCCCGGGCCUCUGAUCUUCAUCUUCUCCGCCCAGACAGGCUGGGCUCACCCCCGGUGGUCGUGACUGCAUCUUGGGUUCCCGUUCACACACCGAGUCCCUGCCACAAGCAAGCUGUCUGCAGCGUGGUGGCCAGGAAGUGCCUCGUGGACUAGGGCCGGCCAGACCUCAGGCACAGCUUCAGCGCCCAGGGAGACACUCUCCACCCCACACACAUUUGGGCUCAACUUUGGGGUCCUUUGGCCCUGGCCUUGGCUACUUGGCCUUUGUUGCUCUAACAGUCCCAGUGUGCACCUCACCCAGGUGGCAUCUGGGCCCCACGAGAUCAGGUGAUUUACUUUCAUUUAGGGUAUCAAAUGAUACAGAUGGUGCCAGGGAACAGGAAGCCAUGGUUGGGGGAAAGGGGCCUUUUCCUUUUGAUGAAAUAUCAGGAGAAACGGGUUUUAGACAUCAGACAACCCGUCUGCAAUGAGCUUGGAGGGAAUAAGAGGUUUCUUCCUCUUUUAGGGAACUUUGAAGAAUUUUGACAGCCAUGGGCCUGAGGUCUAGGUUAAGUGAGGAGUGGACAGGUGUGGAGGCGCUGUGUCUCUCCAGGACUGAGGUUCAUAGAAUCCAAAGGUGCUCUGCACAGGAAGUCUGGGAGCACCUCUGCCAGCCAGGGAUGGGGAGCGAGUCCAGCACCGUCCCUAGGGGUAUGGUACCAGUGAGGCCUCUUGGCCAUCCCACGAGCCCUAGUCUCUACUCCAGGCCAGAGCCCGCGCUGCUAAGGAGCCUUGCUCCCCAGUUACAGAGCUCUCCUGUCUUGGCUGGAAGCCCGCGGCAGCAAGGACAGCACUGGCUCACAGCGGCCUUGGAGGCACAGGGCCGGGCUAUGGCCUGGGCCUCGUCGUGGGGCUGGAGGAGGCUCCGGGAGUGGUGUUAGGGAUCCAGUGGGCAUUUGGGGAAGAGGUGCCUGGAAGAUGAGGGCACCCCGUGGACUUGAGUUUAUAGGGACAGGCCUUGGGAAGGCAGGCCCGUGGAGGGGAGCUGAAGAGGGGGAAAAAAUGGAUUUGGUAGCUUUCUCCAGAGUCCCAGGAAGCCUAGUGCCCUUAGAGGGGUGCACCCUGCCAUGGCCCCCAAACUCCUCCAAGUUACCCACUCCCUCCAGGCUCUGCAGGGCAAGGCCUCACCAGACCAAUGACUCUACUCAGUUUUGUUAAAGGAGAACCACGCCCAUGGGCCUGUUGUCUGUCUCCCUUGUAUUGUAUGGUAGUUAUUUAUGGACUCCGGUAGCGGCAGUUCUUAAAUAAAGAUGGUUUCUUGAUCUGCUGAGGCAGCCGGCACCAGUGUGGGCGUUUUUAUCCUCAGGCUGCGGCACCCCUCCUCGCCCCACCUCUAACUCAGGCUUUGCUCAGUACUUUCACCCUCACGCAGCUGGGAGUCAGCGGUGCUUGUGCUUCCUUCGGUCCUGGGGUGGAGAUUGGCGGAGACUGUACGCAGCCUGAGCUGCGAGAGAACAGGCACUGCCGGAGGGGGUGGCCUCCCCGAAACCAGGCAGUUACAGUACUGGCACGAGGGUGCGGCUUCAAGGCCCCCAAGGGGGCCUCCCCCGAGACAGAAUGACCUCCACAGUGGGAACACCCCUCUACUCUCUGCACACAGAGGAAUUUGAAUUCCUACUCAGAUUUCCCAGCCACAACAUGCUGGUGCGUUCAACUUCACCAAACUUCUACUACAUCUGAGAGGUGCGCAGACACUCACGCGCUCCUGUUAGGUGCAAAGCAGGUAGGGCUCCUAGCUGACUGCCCCACAGCCCGACAGGAAAGAGACAGGCCCGGGGAGGCCAUGGCCUGGUGCUUAGCCCUGUGCCCAGGGCUGAG